UCUUCAAACUGACGAACAAACAGUCGAGCACACGAGUCGCUCCGAGGACACGCGCGCUGAUAAACUUCACUUUUUUUUCUCCAAUUAUUAGUGUUAUUGAUGAUGACAUAUGACGUCAUCGCUGUGACUUGAAUCUAAGUUUGGGCGCGGGACAAAAGAAAAGUGCUGAGUGGAACAGGUGGCGUGCUUCCAUUAGGCGGCGAGACGCGCUUGUGAAGCCCGGGAAAAGGACGCAGCCAUGCCGGUAGCGGAGUGCGAGGCGCCGCUGGAGGGCAGCAGCCAGGAGGCGGCGGAGGGCAUCGUCCUCCCGGCCUCGCUGUGCAGCCCGGCCGCAGACAUCCUGAAGAACUUCUACCACACCAAGCGGGUGGGCAACUACCUGAUCGGCCGGAAGCUGGGCGAGGGAUCCUUCGCCAAAGUCCGGGAGGGUCUCCAUGCGCUCACCGGGGAAAAGGUGGCGGUGAAGGUGAUCGACAAGCGCAAGGCCAAGAAGGACUCGUACGUCACCAAGAACUUGCGGCGCGAGGGCCACAUCCAGCAGAUGAUCCGCCACCCCAACAUCACGCAGCUGCUGGACAUCCUGGAGACGGACAACAGCUACUACCUGGUGAUGGAGCUGUGCCCCGGUGGCAACCUCAUGAACCGCAUCUACGACAAGAAGCGCCUGGACGAGCGCGAGACGCAGAAGUACAUCCGGCAGCUGGUGCUGGCCGUGGAGCACCUGCACAGGGCGGGCGUGGUCCACAGAGAUCUGAAGAUCGAGAACCUGCUGCUGGACGAGCAGGACAACAUCAAGCUGAUAGACUUUGGACUGAGCAACUGCGCCGGCAUCCUUGGAUACUCGGAUCCAUUCAGCACCCAGUGUGGGAGUCCCGCCUACGCUGCUCCUGAACUGCUCUCCAGGAAGAAAUACGGACCCAAAGUGGACGUUUGGUCCAUCGGGGUGAACAUGUACGCCAUGUUGACGGGUACGCUUCCCUUCACCGUGGAGCCCUUCAGUCUACGGGCCCUGCACCAGAAGAUGGUGGACAAGGAGAUGAACCCUCUGCCGCCAUCGCUCUGCACAGCCGCCAUCUGCCUCCUGAAGAAGCUCCUAGAGCCGGACCCCAACAAGCGGCCCAACAUCCACCAGGUGAUGGCGGACUCAUGGCUGCAGCUGGCCAACAAGAACACGGGGGCGCCGUACCUCAACAGGAUCCACAUCGAGGAAAUCAACCACACGGUGUUGCUGCACAUGACGGAGAAGAUGGCGUACAAGCACAGCGAGGUGCUGAGCGCCGUGCUCACCAACCGCGCCUGCCACACUCUGGCCGUUUACUUCCUCCUCAACAAGAAGAUGAAGAGGCUCUCCAAAGAGUACAGGGAGAUGCAGUUCCAAGAGAAGAAGAAAGGGGAUAAGCAGAAAAACGAAUACUUCCAGACGCAGUGGAGGAAGCACGUGGACAAGCUCACCAUCCCACCCAAGCAGACUCCCGUCUACCUGGCGGUGAGCAAGGGGCCCAGCAAGGAGAAGAAGCACCGCACAGGUCUGUUACGUGCUAUAACUGGUGGCCAUCGUAACUCCCCCCUGGCGCCGCCCGGCACCGUGGCGUCGUCCUCCAUGGAAUACCUGGAGAUCCAGCCUCUCUUCUCCAACACGCCGCAGCAGCGGAGGCGCCUGGCCACGCUCCCGCCGGUCGCCACCAGCCCGGAGCACAACAUCCCCGCUCCGCCGGCGCCGUCGCCCAUCGGCAUGCACUCCUUCGGCUCCCUCUCCAAAGCCGAGCAGAUGCCGGACACGCCGGCGUCGUCGCCGUGGUACAAGCUGACCAACGGGACCCUGUCGCCGCCCCGCCACGUCUCCGCCUUCCAGCCUGACUCCACCUACUUGAAAAAGGCGACCAUCCCCAGUCCUCCCGUCCUCAUCGUCAACCCGCAGCCAAGGAAGAGCGUUUCCACCGACUGGUGCGGUUCCUCCGACACCAGCGGCAGCCCUCCCAGCACCAUCGGAAGCCCGCCGGGUAGCUCGGCCUUCAGCCCGCCUAAGUCGGCCUUCAGCGCCCUCAACCCCUCAUCCGCAUUCAGCCCGCCGUCCAACAGCAGCAGCAGCGACCCCGACAGCCCGACGCACCGCAGCAAGUUCCCGUCCAUGGGGAUCGGACAGAUGCUGAAGAAGAAGGUGCAGCUGCAGCCCUUCAGCUUCCGACCGGAACAGGUGCUGGAGGAGGUGGUAUCCCCGCCUCCUUACCCCAUGCAGACGCUCCUUUGCGCGUCAGGUGCACUCAAGACCCUUUGCUAACCAGCCCUGCCCUCUUUUAACGUCAGGUCUUUAAAAACUGUGAACUCCCGCGUUUAUUUUUGCCACUGAGCCACUUUGACUCGAAAUGGAUCUCAAGGUGACGUCAAGACGAUGAGAUUUGUAACGGAUCCUGAAGCAAAGACUCAAAUGUCCCUGACAGCGUGGACAGAGGACACACACACACACACACACACACACACACACACUGUAUCAUACACUGAGUUAUGUAAUAACCCAAGUGGUUACGAACUGAGCCGCAGACUGAUUCGCACCAGCUAAACGACCCAGAUCUUCCCCGAACCCUCAAUACACGCCUGCGUGUUUUUGUGUUGUCUGUGAAAUAAUUGUUUUGGGAAACUCUUUAAAACGGACCUCCAGCUCAGCCGGCACCGUAGUAUUUCCUCAGCGCUGACUGGAAGACCGAGGCUCGCUGCACUAAGUAUGGAAAAACCAAAAUGUCUCGCACUCACGGCGUUUAUCACCACUUACCUCACGCUCGAACUGUGACCACGCGCCGAGCGGUUUCUAGAUGUAAGUGCCAAGUCUUUUCGUUUUUCUAGUGACCGUCGUUUUUCAGCUUUUUGACUUUUUGUACGGGGGUUAAAGUACGUCCGUAAGUACACGGGAGUGUUAAAGGCUGACUGUAAGGGCAUGGUAGCCGAUCCAAGGCCAGAAGAAAGCAUUUUCUGGAAAAUACACCUUGUCGAGGUGAAAGGAUGAAUGAUUGGUGUAUGUAAAGUUAGCAAACAAGUCAUUGAAAAGGGUACUUUGGCAUGCGAAUGAAAGGCCAUAACAGACAAGUAGGGAUGGGUACCAAAUGGAAUACCUUUAAAAGAUACUGACCGAAUUCCGUCAGUACUACCGGGUACCGAUUCACGCAGAAUCGAACGGUAUCAUACGUCGAUACCUUUUUUUUUUUUGCGGUUGGAGAGUCAAACAAUGCACUCAAAGUAAGUCGGCACUUUUCAGAAUGUGUUAGCUCUGUGCUAAUUUACACUGCAUAUGUCAUAGACGUGCUACUAAUUAGCAUUAGCGAUUUAUACACGGCGAUUUCAACACCUCCAAAUUUGGUGUUGAUUGAUUGACUGAAACGUUUAUUAGUAGAUUGCACAGUACGGUACAUAUUCCGUACAAUUGACCACUAAAUGGUAACACCCCAAUAAGUUUUUCAACUUGUUCAAGUUCGGGGUCCACGUUAAUCAAUUCAUGGUCAUGAAAACUACGACCAAGAUGCAAUGUUACAAUCAAACACUUCCUUUGUAGGACUCAACAAAAUCCAAGACUGGCACAUAGAACCAUAGAUAUAAAUAUAUACAACUAGAUGUAGAACCCAUGCAGUGCAACACAUUAAAAAAACAACAACCCUAACUUCCUCAUUUCUAAAAAUAUGUUCAUGCGGUUUACUUUAUUGACAACGUAAAAACUACUAAUACACAUUUCAAGAGCACAGCGUAUUUUGCAAUCAUAUGCAGUGUCUUUGUUUCAGUGCCAUCUAAAACAAAUUGCACUUUGUCUCUACUAGCUUGGGCUCGCUGUCGGCAUUAAAAGGGGCGUGUCAUAUCUAGUUGUAUUAUCUAUGCAUUCAACUUAACGGGACAAUUAACACGUACUUGCAAAUGAGCCUCAAAGGUGCAAGAAAACGAAAUAUAACGACUAGUUAGCGUUAUCAUUUCCUUGUUAAAUGUUACAUUACCAAUAUCAUUACAUAGGUACUGGGAAUUGGUACCGUAUCGGUUCCAACGGGAAAGGUACCCAUCCCUAUAGACAAAUAUAAAAAGAUGUAUUUGUGUGGACUUGGAUUAGGUCCGCCUCGCCUGUUUCUAGUCACUUUUCAAGAAAAACUAAUUUCAAACAACGAGCCUUAUAAAACUAAACCAACCUCGGGAAAAUAACGACACGUUUUUUUUAGUUUUUUUUUUAAACAAACAAAAAAAAAACAACGAUCCACUUUGGCGGGCACUAGGACCCGUGCGCUUACCCAAGCUGGAAUGGACGUGGUUUCAAAGUCACUGUUAAGCAUACUUGCCAACCCUCCCGAUAUUCCCGGGAGACUCCCGGAUUUCAGUGCCCCUCCCGAAAAUCUCCCGAGGGUGACCAUUCUCCCGAAUUUCUUCCAAUUUCCACCCGGACAACAAUAUUAGGGGAGUGCCUUAAAGCCUCUGUUUUUAGCGUCCUCGCUCACCUGAAAAGGAGACUAUUAUAUAUGUCUCCGUUAUCCAUAGGUUGAUCUAUAACCCAUAAAGUAGGCAGACACGGAGCUAUUUCUCAACGUGUGUUUAUUCCAGUUAAUACACCGACACACAACAUCCGGAUUCCCAUCAUGCAUUGCUUCAAAA